ACCCUGUGUCAAAACAAGAUCGAUAUCUUAUGUUAACUAAUAUAACGCAUGUUGGUGAUUUUAUACUGAAAAUCUGCAACUUCAGUCUAUUACAAAUGUGGUAAGCGGGUCUGAGAAUGAGAAGAUGUGAGGAGAAGAGCCUUUUGUACUGAGAAUCUGCAACUUCAGUCUAAUACGAAUGUGGUAAGCGGGUCUGAGAAUGAGAAGAUGUGAAGAGAAGAGCCUUUUGUACUGAAAAUCUGCAACUUCAGUCUCAUACGAAUGUGGUAAGCGGGUCUGAGAAUGAGAAGAUGUGAAGAGAAGAGCCUUUUGUACUGAAAAUCUGCAACUUCAGUCUAAUACGAAUGUGGAAAAAAUGGGCGUGGAUUUGGCAGUGUACCGUGCAAGGAUCGGUCAGUUUGUGCCUCGACCAGUGAAUGGUAUUGUGUCAAACAUUGACUACCUGUGUAAAGCUAUUGCCAGUGUUCGGGGCGGCUUGAUACGACAAGAUGGAUUGAACAGCAAAGGGUCUGUUAAAUUCAUUGAUCUCCUCCUGCGUGCACAAGGAAUUGAACCGAACCCAGGACCAGGAAAGAGAAGUCAACGGUCAGUUCCAGGCGAACAGACUGAAGAAAAUGAUGACGUCAGCAUACAGCUAGAAAGUAACGUUAACCCAAUCAAUGCGGAUAUGAUCAGUCGGGUUAUGGAAUCUUUUCUACCUGUCAGCAAUCCCUCCGAAACAGGAAGUAGUCAAACAGACGAGUACGCAGGCGCAGUAGCAAUACCUGGUCCUUCUUCCGGAGCAAUUGCCAAAUCAACUGUUGUAUCUCAAGACAGUAACGUUACCCCAAAUAGUGCGGAUAGGAUCGGUCGGGUUAUGGACCUUUUUCCACCUGUCAGCAAUCCUUCCGAUACAGAAAGUAGUCACACAGACGAGUACGCAGGCGCAGUAGCAAUACCUGGACCUUCUUCCGGAGCAAUUGCCAAAACAACCGUUGUACCUCAAGUGGUGAUCAAUUGCCAUGUCAACAAAAUAUAUAAUAAAAAGAUCUGCGUUGAGAAUAUGAGGGUGAAAAACGCUGAAAAUGUAUGCACAGGAGAACAGACCAUCAUCCAUACAGGCCAGGCGGGUGAUAAUAAAGACGAGGACAUUCCAAAACAGAGGAAGAAAAGUGACAAAAGAAUUCUGCUUGAAGAGAAUACCGAAGUGAUGUUAAAACGCCACAUCCAGGAAACAGCCAAUUUACUGGUGACUAGGAAGGGAGCUGUAGCGGCAGUAGUCAAGCGUCUGAAAGACUACAACAUGGUGGUCAUAGCUGGCGUCACGGGAGAGGGGAAGACAACUCUGGGUAGGGAAAUAUGUAAACAGUUGCGAGACGGUACCAUUGACAAAGAUAUCAAACCAAAGACACCCGUUCUCAUGACUAUUUCACAAGACUGGAAUGAUGUCGUGAAUGACAAAGAUGAUAUCGUUGUGUUUGUAGAUGAUAUAUUCGGGAAGACAAACUAUCAGACUGGGCUUCUGAAUGGUUGGAAACCAUUCUUUGAUAGAAUAUUACAUUGUUUACAGGAGAAAAAUGUUUGUUUGGUGGUAACAUCUCGUACGCACAUACUUAAAGAUGCUAGACGGGAAUCGGGAGUAUCAAUUAAAAUGGUAAGUGACCACAUUCUUUCCGAAAAGAAAACCGUAGAUUUGACUGACGACCAGAAAUUGGCUUCGGCUGAACGUUCGGACAUUUACAAGAAUCAUUCUCGUCAGAGAGAUGUUGACCAAGGCGGCUUGUCUAACGCUCCAGUUUAUAGUUUUCCACCAAAUAUUUCUUUAGGUUUUGCUCAGGUUUGCAAGCUUUUCUUCACCAAUGAUACAUUUUUUGAGAAAGGUGAACAGUUUUUUAUGAAGCCUGAUAGAAUACUGACAGAAGAAAUAGAGAAAAUGAGGCUGACUGAACCGCACAAAUACCUUGCAUUGGUAUACUGUUUCUUAAACGAUCAAACUGUAGACAGUAAAAAACUCAAUCGCCUGAAAAUCUCAAAGGAAGAUUAUGACACUUUGAAAAUCUAUGCAGAAGUUUGUGGCGUUAUUCAGACUGACAACGUAUUGACUCUGCUCAAAAACGGACUAGACGCUCUUGAUCGUACAUAUCUUACGAGACAAAACACUGUGUUUACAUUUGGUCAUCAAUCAAUUGCGGACAGUGUUAGUCUUGUCUUUGGAAAGGAUUUUCCAGAUAUGAUUCUAGAAAAAUGUAGCAACCGCGUGAUAUUGGAACUGCUGGAUGUUUCUGAAACUGAUCAAACAGAUAUGUGCACCUUGCAUGUUCCUACUGAUUGCUUUGAACACCUUGUAAAGCGAAUUUACAAGAUGAUUAUUGGAGGGGACAUCUUUAAUAGAAUAACACUAGAAUCAUUCCCCCGGUUCCAAAAUCAAGAGCUUGCAGAUUGUCUCUUCGAGUAUAUCACCACAAGAGGAGACAUUCGAGCUUUCCAUAGAGCUCAUUUAGGUGAUGGCUUUUCUUCCGCGAAAAGUCUAUUAGAAUCUUGUGCGAACAAUGUUUUCUUCUUGAAGUCUCUUUUCAAAUUCAAAGUUGACGAGUUCAUUGUCAGGGAGAGUGGUAUUUUGUUCUUUACGAGAGCAUUACAAACAACAUUGCAGCAAUCACUGGAACAUAACAACAGGGCUUCAAUGUUGUUUCUGCUUGCACAUGGGGCGUUUUUAACUGAAAAAUGUCUUAAUGUAUCAAUUGGUUCACACGAUGUGGACCUAGCAGAGUUAGUAUUGUCAAGGAAUAUCUGGACAAAAUCAGAAGUCAGCGAGCACAUUGACGACGAAACACCAGAUCAUAUUCGUGAAAUGCUACAGAAAUGUACGAACACGUGCAAAGUAGACAUGGUACGAAAUCAGUAUCUUAAUCAGAAAACAUACGUUAACACGAGAGAUACCAACCUCUCAAGUAUGAGUACCAAAGAGAUGAUGAGGGCCGCGGAAGGAAUGGAUUUUGACACGCUACAUGCGAUUUUUCAGUCUCCGGAGUUAAAAGAUCAUCAUUAUUGUCUGAUUAAAGCAAUACUUGACACAAAACACAAGAGGUUAAGUGACGCUAUUGCCUUCAAAAGAAUGGCUGGACAAAUCGACGGGACAGUUGUCCAAUAUGCGUUACAUCAUUGUGACUUGGACAUGUUUCGGUUCUUCCUUUUCUCAUCAAAUGUUAACGAAGCACAGUUGACAUCAAUGCUCUCUGAAGCCAUUCAUCUGAACAAAACGGACCAAAUAGAAAUCUGUAUCAAAGCAGGUGGACAACCGUCCCUGCAUGACUUAAUUUGGAAGGCAGGGACAGUUUGUAUGGAUGUGGAGCGUGCUGUUGAAACCAUCAUAAGAACAAUAUCUUGGACACGUGCACAGCUUGAUCGUGCUCUUGACGCAGCCGUACGCUCUGGUACACAUGCUACAAUGAAAGUCCUUUUCAAUGGUGGAGCAAGGUUUGCAGAAGAUGCGUUGGUAAAUGUGUCUAAAAGGCAGUAUGAUCCACUUGAAGCGUUAGUGUCUGUUCCUGAAACAGUUGGUUAUGUUUUUUCGAAACACAAAUGGUCCAAAAGCCAAAUGACCGAUGCAAUAACAGCUGCAUUAGAAUCGGGAUCAUUUCACACCGUGAAGUUUCUAAAACACAAAGGAGGGUCAUUCCGCAACGACGCCUUGCUAGCCGCUGUAAGAAGUCAGCAGGAGACGCUAAAAAUUGUGAGGUUUGUGCGAGAAUCUAAUGACUGGUCAGUUGAUCAGCUGAGCGAUGCACUACAUCUGGCGAUGGUUCUUUGUAGAUCAAAAGUUGUUUUGCACUUGAUGUGCUGGGGAGGAAAAUUCAAUGACUCGAGUCUACAACACGUUCUCCAGUGGAAGGUUGAACAUCAUGUUCAGAUCAAAUUCUUGAAAUACAUUCUUAUGUCUCGUACCUGGUCAUCAGCUCUGCUUGAUGAAGCCUACGGUAGUGCAUGUAAAUCAAACGGUCUUGCAAUACUUGAAAUUCUUGAUGUUGCGGAGACCAGACCAGAAAUACCUACCAGAGAUGUUCUUCUAAAAUUACAAGAGAUCGAGAAGUUGAAGGAAACGACUCUCGAGAUGUUAGAAGACGAUGGAAUGGAUGAUGAUCUAGCUUUAGUCUUAAAUAAAGAAAUUCAAGAAGGUUGCAAAGACAUUGUUGAACAUCUUAUUGGCGAGCUGGGGAUUUCCUGCGACAACGAUGGCUUAUUAAAUGCCAUGGACAACACCCGGAACUAUCAAAGCUAUGAUAGACUGAAAAUGGUCCGUCUGUUGCGGGAAUCGCAAGACUGGUCCGAUGAGUUACUGACGAGGGCGUUAGACAAAGCUGUAAGACUCGGGUACAGUGAGGUGAUAUUGUACCUACAUACCCAAGGCGCCAAUUUCGGUGACAACAGUUUGGAAUACGCAAUGAUGCAUCAAACUAUGGGAUACAAUCCAUAUGAUCUUGUUACUUAUAUAAUGGAAUCACGUCACUACAACAAAGAACAAAUGAACAAUGCACUGACAAAAUCUUUGGAGGUUGGUCAUUAUCAACUUAUGACAAUAUUUCAUGAAAAGGGAGCAGAGUUCGCCGAUAAAAGCCUACAAAACGCAAUCCAUAAAAAGUGGAUACCCUCAGAUCGACUUCCAGCAGUCCAAUUCAUACUUAAUGCAAGACGAUGGGACACUGAUGAAAAGAACAAUGCGUUAUUCAGUGCUGUAAAGCUAGGGGAUAUACGCGUAAUUGCAUGUCUUCUGAAAUGUGGAGGAGAGGUGUCGAAACAAUGCUUGACCGAAAUUCUUGAAAAGAAUUGCAAACCGUCACAUCGCCUCUGUAUCGUAAGGCUCCUGCUCUCUAGUUCCGGUUGGCUGUCGCCGGAGCUUCUUGAAGAGGCGGGGGAAAGGGUUAGACAACUGUCAGAGCCCAAACUCGAGGCGUACAUCCAGCAAUGUAACAAAUAGGGAAACUACGUUACCCAGCCAACUUUUGAAUUUUGGAAAAUGUUUCAGAUCGAUCAAGGAAAACAACAGUUUAUCAAAAAGCAUGUAUGAGUAUGACGAUGAUAUGAUAACAUGUUAUAUAAGAAAGACAAUCAACAGAUUUGAUAAUAUUACUGCAGAGUCCUGUCAAUCCAGAUGUCAAUUAUCCGCUCGCUCUACUUUGAAGGUAGAGUUUUUGGGUAAGGAUUGACAUUUCCUUUUCACGAGUGUACCAGUUAUUCAGUCGUUUGUGCCGUGAACAUCAGCAGCUAGAUCACAAAUGUUCCGAUGAAUAGAUAGGGCAUCAGCAAUAUGUAUAAUCAGGAUCGCCAGAUAAUAAUUGUACUGAAGAUUAAAAGCCAUUACAAGUAAAGAAGGUGGCACUACAAAAUGUCUCAUUAGGUAUGCCAUAACGCUAUCGUUAAUUGGAUGACUAGACAGUAUUACUAGGAAUGUGUGACGGUAGUAUAGAAUCAAGAUAACAGAUCAACAUGACUUAUCAGGAUGUUUUGACAAUUAGUAUUGUAUUAGAAUUUUAAAUCUGAAAUGUCGGAAUUUCGGACAGCAGGAAGAAACCAAUAUGUGUAUACACGUUACAACUAGGAUGACAGUACAACAUAACGGUAUGUUAUUAUUAGCUAACCGUGGAAUGUGUUAAUUCGUGUGUGCUCAGAUGAGAGUUAAUGUGACGUAGUUGGUAGUAUAGGUAGAGGUUUUAAUGUGCUAUUAUUUUAAACCUGCUACUUUUGUUUUGGUGUACAUCACAUUGACACAAAAAUGUUUUUUGUUAUUGAAUGUGGGUACAAUCUAAUAAAAUGAACACUUACUGAGUAAUGUUAUACACAAUCACAAGGCAAACAUGUGUAACUUUUUUAUGUUCAAAAUGGAUUUGAUUCCCCAACAUCUUUUCGGAGGGAUGCCAGGGUUGGGUUGCCCCAGGCUCAUCCCUCUAACAUAAUGUAACCUCACGCAGGAGGCCACUUUCCCCUCAUUCUCUCUUUCUUUUUCAUAUCUUCUCUCAAACUCCAAAUCAUUCAUUCUUUCAUUCCCAUUCAUUACAAUAAUACUAAUAUUUGAUUUGAUCGAAAUGAUAUAUUGAAUUACCCAAACCAUUCCUUCUAUUCAUAUUCAAAUAUUGACAGUACAUUCAUAUUUAUGAAUUCACUUUAUAUGACAAAAUAUUGCUUUAUUGAUUUGGAAUUGCUAUAAUUUUCUCAAAUUUAAACCAGAUAAACCGAAUUUAUGCUACUGAAAGAAUGUUUGGAAUGACUCAACAAGAAUGUGCGGGGGAAUAAAUAAUGUACAAAUACGAAUGUAUCUACCGAUUUAAACCUUUAUACAUACACAAAAACAUAAACAGUGUAAAAUCGUGUGAAAAUUAACUACAUGCUAUGUAUUUAUAAAUAAAGUAAACACACAUUCGAGAUGACAAAUAUAUUAUAGGAUUCAUGCAUACCACGCAUAAUUGUACACAUAUAUACUCACAUUCAGGUACAAACUGCUACAUCUUACAUAAGUACAUCCCACACACAUACACACAUACACACCUACACCCUUGCAUACCUGGCAGCAUAUAUAUGCAUUGCAAACAUUCUAUAUAUAUACUGUAAAUUCACUACUUUAAGUGUACUCCUAUUUUUGAAAUCUAGCAUGUUUCAAUUCUACAUGCAUUAAUCAUAUAUACAUUUUGUAUAGCAUUUAUUUAAGUUAAUGAUAAUUCAGCGUUUUUGAAAGAAAAAAACGGUGGGGGUAAAAGUGUAUUACCACGGUGGUAAUAAAUUCGUUUACAGUAUAGGUAUUCAGAUAUCUUUUCCUUGUACAAUGAUGCCUGCAAUUGAUGUGGAUCAAUUAAUUUUCGCCAAUAUUUUACCAAAAGACAAAUACGUCCUAUAUGUACAUUGUUGACGUGUGUAUGAAUAGGUAUCAGUUUUACAUUUGAAUUUAAACUUGACUUUAUUCGCUAUUAAAAGCGAAAAUCUAAAUAUCACCAAAUAUGUACGAUACUAAGUAUUAAGUUGCUUUGUUGCCUCUCGUUGACGUUGUUUGUGCCUGAAAUGGAAACACUAUACUCGCCACUUCUGCUUAUAAUAGUGAUAGAAAUAAAACAAUACUGGGCCCUGUAGCAUGUCCUAUGUAACAGCAAUGGAAUGAGACACGUUGAUAUAAUAGUUUUAUGAACAUUUUAGCUCCUAGCUCCAUCAACAGUGAUAACUAUGUAUAUUUGUGGGCUAAGUGGAGGGGUGUUUCCAUUUUCCAUUUUUCUACGUGAGCAACGGGUUUUCAUAAGCAAGCAUUGAUCUUUAAACUGAAAAUAUCAGUUUUGACCUUCUGAUGACGUAUUUUGUAAUAUGUCAUUUUUUUAUAAUAUAAUUAAAUUCCGUUUUCUACUCUUCUUUGUAUUUAAUGUAAAUAUAUAAACUUGUCUGGCGAAGUGACAUUGUAUUAUUUAAUUUUCUGUACAAAAUGAAUCGUGUUAUAAAAAAUUGUUAACGUGGUAUCUUCAAUUGAUAAUCGUUAAGACUUUGACAGAAAUAUCUGUUAUCCCAACCUCACAGCAAAAUUGGCGUCAAAGCUGAAAGUGACGAUUCUUUAUUUGGCCCCUCUCAGUUAUGUUACUAUUUUUGCAUCACCACUUGGUGAUAUAUUCGAUGCCAAACGAUCAGCUGUUUAUCUAGAAUGUUGUAUUAAUAAGAUCUAUUAAUACGAUUUUAAAAUGUUAUCGUUAUUCGGGCUCAUAGCGAAAACAGAUGAGUCGCCUUCAUUGACCUUCCUUUCCCAAGUCAAGAUAAAUCUGGAAUUUGAACAAAAAAAAUGUAUUAAUGUAUAUAUAUAUAUAUAUAAAUUUGUAAACACAAAUUAUUGAUGUUAAAUAUCCCUGUUCCACUGCACUGUGGUUUUUCCUAAAUACAGUACCCCCUCCCCUUAACUUUCGUUUGGAUAUAACAGUCGGGCUAUGACCCUACCGAUGACCAGGUAACUAAACUGGUCAGAGGGAAGGUAUAUAUAAUAGUCUCAACUAUUUCAUCCUUAUUAAUUCUCAUAAAAGACCUGUAAGGUAUGGUUUACUUUCUAGAAAUGAUUUAACAAAGCUAUAGUCAUGCCGGAAAAACAGUUUUGGCAGUGGAACGGGGAUCUUUAAGAAAACGGUUGUGUUGUUCAAUUACACAAGCUUUAUAUAGGACACCCGUUAAACGUUUAUAUAACGUCAUGCAUUCUAGAAAGGACACAUUUUUCAUUUCCUUUGAAUGGGUUUUGUCCAGAUUGUACAUCGGAUUAUUUAUGCAAAUGUGAUUUGGUAAUAUAAUUAUCGGUUUGCAGAUAUAAUUUUCAAUACGAAGUAAGAAAUAAUCGUUUGAAUGAAUCAUUGUAUUUCUUAGUAUGAUAUGUAGUAGUUUGACAUUUGCUGUAAUGUUUCAAAACUAUUAUUAACAAGAAGUAGGUAUGUAGGUAUGAUUCAUGCAAAUGUAAUUGUGUUAAAUAUUAUCUUUGGUAUAAAAAUAAAAUUUUCAAGGAGAA